AUGGCGGCUGCCAGCAGUAAGCAGACUCGAGACCUGGCCCGAAUACUACUAGCUACCACUGCUGACUCCCCUGAGGAACGAGACCUCCAUCUCCAGCAGCUGGCAGACGACUCAAGAGGAGAAUGCCCCUACCCGCUGUUAGGACGGGACUUACUGACCAAGAUUGGAGCUCAGAUAACUUUCAGACAAGGGGGGCCUCAGGUCACUGAUGGCAAGGGCCACCCCAUCCAGGUCCUGACCAUGAAACUAGAGGAUGAAUACAGCUUCCACCAGGAGGCGCUCCCAAGAGAGGAUAAUAUAGACAGAUGGCUACAAGAAUUCCCCUCAGUUUGGGAAGAGAUUGGGGGGUGGGGUGGGGGCAUAGGACUAGCCACCCACAGGACCCUGGUCCUGGUAGAGCUCAAGCCAGGAGAAGGUCCCGUAAGGAUCAAACAAUACCCCAUGUCUCAGGAGGCCCAGAAGGGGACCCAGCCACACAUCCAGAGACUACGAAACCUAAGGGUACUAGUUCCUUGUCAGUCUGCCUGGGACAUCCCCCUACUGCCGGUCAAAAAGCCUCACACAAAUGACUAUCAACUGGUACAAGACCUCUGGGAAGUAAAUAAGAGGGUCACGGACAUACACCCAACUGUUCCCAACCCACGUACUCUCUUGAGCUCCUUGGCACCCUCCAGGGUCUGGUAUACUGUAUUAGAUUUAAAGGACGCCUUCUUCAGUCUGCCGCUGGCACCCCAAAGCCAACCCUCGUUCGCCUUCAAGUGGCAUGAUCCAGAGGAGGGCUACAGCGGGCAACUCACCUGGACAUGGCUGCCUCAGGGGUUCAAAAAUUCUCCCACCAUCUUCGACGAGGCACUACACGAGGACCUGGGAAAACUAGCCAGCAAGAAGUCCUGGGUACAAGGGGCAACUGGUAUGAGCCAGUAUUCAUGGACUACCCGAAGAAUGGUAGAUUUGGGGACGGGUCAGGUAUCCCACUCCUUUAUGGUAAUACCAGAAUGCCCCUACCCGCUGUUAGGACGGGACUUACUGACCAAGAUUGGAGCUCAGAUAACUUUCAGACAAGGGGGGCCUCAGGUCACUGAUGGCAAGGGCCACCCCAUCCAGGUCCUGACCAUGAAACUAGAGGAUGAAUACAGCUUCCACCAGGAGGCGCUCCCAAGAGAGGAUAAUAUAGACAGAUGGCUACAAGAAUUCCCCUCAGUUUGGGAAGAGAUUGGGGGGUGGGGUGGGGGCAUAGGACUAGCCACCCACAGGACCCUGGUCCUGGUAGAGCUCAAGCCAGGAGAAGGUCCCGUAAGGAUCAAACAAUACCCCAUGUCUCAGGAGGCCCAGAAGGGGACCCAGCCACACAUCCAGAGACUACGAAACCUAAGGGUACUAGUUCCUUGUCAGUCUGCCUGGGACAUCCCCCUACUGCCGGUCAAAAAGCCUCACACAAAUGACUAUCAACUGGUACAAGACCUCUGGGAAGUAAAUAAGAGGGUCACGGACAUACACCCAACUGUUCCCAACCCACGUACUCUCUUGAGCUCCUUGGCACCCUCCAGGGUCUGGUAUACUGUAUUAGAUUUAAAGGACGCCUUCUUCAGUCUGCCGCUGGCACCCCAAAGCCAACCCUCGUUCGCCUUCAAGUGGCAUGAUCCAGAGGAGGGCUACAGCGGGCAACUCACCUGGACAUGGCUGCCUCAGGGGUUCAAAAAUUCUCCCACCAUCUUCGACGAGGCACUACACGAGGACCUGGGUGAGUACAGAAAGGAGCACCCUGGCCUCACCCUCCUACAGUACGUAGGUGACAUCCUGGUUGCUGCCGACACGGCCGAGGACUGUGAGCAAGGGACCCAGGACCUGCUGGCUACCCUGGGGGCCUUAGGGUACCAGGCAUCUGUGAAAAAGGCUCAGAUAUGCAGGGAGAGGGUAAGUUACCUGGGAUACAUCCUGGAGGGCGGACAGCGGCGGUUAUCAGAUGCCAGAAAAGAAUCUGUCCUGAAGAUCCCUACUCCCACCUCCCGAAGGGAAGUAAGGGAAUUCCUAGGAUCGGCCAGCUACUGCCGCCUCUGGAUCCCGGGUUUUGCUGAGAUCGCCAGGCCCCUAUAUGAAGCUACCAAAGAGGGAAAAACAUUUGAAUCGACUGAAAAAGAGGAAACUGCCUUUAAUCAGUUGAAAAAGGCCCUCCUAGGUGCCCCAGCCCUGGGCCUGCCAGACAUUAUGAAGCCCUUCCACCUCUUUGUAGACGAACACAAGGGAAUAGCAAAAGGGGUUCUAACUCAAGCCUUAGGCCCCUGGAACCGCCCAGUGGCUUACCUGUCCAAGAAGCUAGACCCAGUGGCUGCCAGCUGGCUGCCAUGCCUAAGAAUUAUUGCGGCGACAGCACUCCUUGUCAAGGACGCAGACAAACUGACCCUAGGACAGGAGAUCUGGAUCAUGACCCCACACGCCAUUGAAGGGGUCCUGAAACAGCCUCCUGAUAGAUGGAUGAGCAACACACGUAUGACUCAUUACCAGAGCCUCUUACUCAACCAUCCCUGGGUGCGGUUCCACCCCAGUGCGGCCCUCAAUCCUGCAACUCUGCUGCCCGACCCUGACCUAGAUGCUCCACUACAUGAUUGUGCAGGGAUCCUGGAGCAAGUACAUGGAUUCUGGACGGACAUGACCGACGGGCCCCUCCCUGAUGCCGAGGCUACUUGGUUCACUGAUGGCAGCAUCUUUGUGCGGGACGGACACAGGUAAGUGGGUGCAGCGGUGGUCACCGAAACGGACACCGUAUGGGCGGAGGCUCUUCUCUCCGGAACGUCAGCCCAGCAAGCAGAGCUCGUCGCCCUCACCAAGGUGCUGACACUAGGAGCUGGAAAACGGCUUAACAUCUACACACACAGCCGUUAUGUGUUUGCCACAGCUCAUAUUCAUGGGGCAAUUUAUCAGGAGAGGGGGUUACUAACGGCUGAAGGACGGACUAUAAAAAAUAAGCAGGAGAUACUUGACCUGCUUACAGCCUUAUGGCUUCCUGCCAAGCUGGCCAUUAUCCACUGCCAAGGGCACCAGAAUACCGAUAACCCGGUAGCUAGAGGUAAUCGAAAGGCUGAGCAGGCAGCCAAGGCAAACAAGGAAAAAAGGCAACAGGGUGGGAAGCUGGAAAAACCUGGGGGGUCAGGCUUUAUGACAAGGUCAGACUUGGGCCUAGAGAUAAAGGAAUGUUAUUUACCCUCCGAAUGCAAGCAACCCCCCUUGCCCAGCAGUCGCCCACAGGGGCUGGUCCAGUUUGUCAGGGACCGCUUGGGAGCCGUCCAACUAAUGGUCCUCCGUGCUCAGUACAAGCCCCUAGUAACAGAAGAAGACAAAACAGAAAUGCAGCCGGUCCCAUGA